AUGGCGAAGAUCACAACAUUACUGUCGGCCGUGUUCUUGGCCAUCGGAGGUUUCCUCUUCGGCUAUGAUAGCGGUAUCGUCACCUCCACCAUAGGCCAGACCGAAUUCAUCAAGUACUUUUCCAACCCUAAUGACACUGUUACUGGUGGCAUUGUAUCUGCAUUUCAAGGUGGUGCAAUUCUGGGCACGAUGAUCAACAUGUUCACAGGUGAUCGGCUGGGCCGCAAGAUGUCAGUCUUUACUGGUGCUUGUAUCUCGUGCUUUGGAUGCGCUCUGCAAGCUGGCGCCGUGAACAUGACCAUGCUCAUCAUCGGUCGAUUCAUUGCCGGCGCGGCGGUUGGUAUGCUCACCUCAGUCGUACCAAUGUAUGCCGGUGAGAUGGCCGAGUCUUCGACUCGUGGCAUGAUGUCCGGUUUGUUGCAGUGGAUGUUGAGCUGGGGAUACCUGGUCGCCCAGUGGCUGGGAUAUGGAUGUUCAUUUGUUGACACUGCUGUUCAAUGGCGCUUCCCUCUCGCUUUUCAGUGUAUUCCUGGUCUCACCCUUGCUUGUGGUGUGUGGUUCCUGAACGAAUCCCCCCGCUGGCUUAUGGAGAAGGAUCGUCACGACGAGGCCCUCGCUACACUGCAGAGGCUCCACGGCGAUGGAACUCCGGAGAAGGAACAGUACAUUGAGCUCGAGUUUCAAGAAAUUCGCGAGACCAUUGAUGCCGAACGUGCAUCGACCAAGAUCACGUGGAGCUCCAUCCUCACCAAACCCUCUUGGCGGCGGCGUCUCAUUCUGGGAUGUGCUGUCCAGGCCUUUGGUCCGCUGUCUGGUAUCAACGUCAUCAACUACUACGGCACUCGCAUCUAUGCAUCCCUGGGCAUUGAUACCAAAACUUCACUCAUGAUCAUUGGAAUUUCUGGAGCUUUGUCAAUUGUCUACUGCACCGGUGGUCUCUGGGCCUUGGAGAGAGUUGGUCGCAUCAAACCUCUGAUCAUUGGAUCAGCCGGAAUGGCUCUUGCCUUGGUUUGCAAUGCCGCUAUGUCCCAGCACUAUGAUGAGAGUAACGGCAACGAGCUUCGUGCAAUGGUGGCCAUGAAUUUUGUCUUCAGUUUCUUCUACACUUUCAUUGGAAUUAUCUCAUGGGUCUACCCCGCUGAGAUUUUCCCUGUAGACAUUCGCAACCAAGGCAAUUCGGUUACCACCUUCACAAACUGGACCAUCAAUCUGGUUUUUGCUCAAUUUUCGCCAACAGCCUUGUCCACCAUUGGAUUCCGUUACUUCUACGUUUUCUUCGUGUUCAAUAUCAUUGCCAUGAUAUGCUAUAUUCUAUUCUUCCCGGAGACCAAGGGCAAAACUUUGGAACAGAUGGAUAUGCUGUUUGGUGAUAGCAAUGUCGCACCUUCUUCUGUUGAAAAGGUCGGUGCGGAAGUGGAACACGCGGAGUGA